CAUGGACCUUCCACAAUGCCCUAUUAUUUGGGCCCGCGUCGGCAAACUGAGUAUGGUGUGUCGGCGCGUGCGCUUCUAGUUUUGCAGGCCUUGCGUGAUGUGUAUGGCUUGUUGGUAGCAGCCGUUCACUCGGAUAGGCCAGCGGCUAGCAGUUGCCCCAUAACCAUGUGGGCUCAAGGGCUGACUCAAGGGUGCAGUCGAGCCUGUUGCAAGAGAGCGCGCCAGCCCGUUGACCUUGGGUGGUCAUGGCGUUGCCGAAGAUGAGGUCCUCGGUCAUGAAGAAGAGCACCACGAUGAAGAGCACUACCAUGAAGAGCACCACCAAGAGCAUGAAAGCCAUGAAAGCAAAGCGUGUCAGCAAGGUUGCCAAGGGCAAACUUGGGCGCGCACAGGUGCUUCGUGGCACCAAGGAAAAAACUUCCACUGGCCUCACGAAGGACAAGCUGAUGAAGAACGCAAAAGGGAAAAUCGUCUCGAAGAAGCAGUCUGCAGCCGGCAAGAAGAUGUACAGCAACAUUAAGGCGUGGAAUGAGUGCGUCGCUCAGGCGAGGAAGGCCCUGAACCUCAAGGGCUUCGUAGCCAUCAAUGGGAAGAAGGUGGAAGGAAAGGCUUUGUACACCAAAGCGAAGGCACUCUACGCCGCCCGCAAGUGAGCCGUUCCGCUCUGGUGAUCAGAAUUCGCGGCACCUGGGCCCUGGCUGGGAGCCGUUUGUGUCGAGUGUGGCCCGUGUGACUAAGGUGAUGUACCUACGGCGUCCGCGUGCGUGUGAUGUACUAGCAUUUGAGGGGGUGGCCAAGCUGUGGGCAUCAGAGUUGGCUGGCACUAGUUGCAGUUGGGAGAAGAAAUCAA